AAUGGAUACCAAUAUUGAUAAUGCCCUAAUAGAAAAGAAAACCAUAUCUCCUGGCAAACAAUAUAUUCCACUAAAACCAGGAACAAGGGUGAAAUUUCAUUUUCAAACAAAGAAACCCGAUGGUACCAUACUCGAUGAUAGUAGAAAGAUGGCCAAUCCCAUGGAGCUGGUGUUGGGCAAAAAAUUCAAAUUGGAAGUAUGGGAGGUGAUUGUACAGAAAAUGGCAUUACAUGAGGUAGCCCAGUUUACGGUGAACAAAAAGUUGGUAGCCCAAUAUCCUUUUAUAUCAAAAACAUUGCGAGACGUUGGUAAAAAGGUGGAAGAACGGAGGCAUUGCUGUGGAAUGUCCCUACAAAAUGAUGGUCUGGGAUAUAAAGAUUUAGAUGACUUGCUUUCAAACCCCACCGACUUAAUAUUCACCAUAGACCUUUUGUCCAUUGAAAUGCCCGAGGACUAUAAAAAAGACACAUGGCAGUUGUCGGACGAUGAACGACUAACUACCUCAAUGAAAUUACGUGACGAAGGCAAUGAUUUGUACAAGCAAAAAGAAUAUGCCAAGGCUGAAGAAUGCUAUCGCCAAGCAGUGGGUCUAAUAGAACAGCUAAUGAUAAAAGAAAAACCCCACGAUGUCGAAUGGCUCGAAUUGGCUAAACAUAAAGUUCCUCUAUUGCUAAAUUACGCACAGUGUAAAUUGUUGGCCAAAGACUAUUAUGCCGUUAUAGAACACUGUACAGAAGUUUUACAAUUAGAUCCGGAUAAUGUAAAAGCUCUAUAUCGACGAGCCAAAGCACAUUUUGGUGCAUGGAAUCCUAAAGAGGCUCGUGAAGAUUUUCAACGGGCAGCUGAAUUAGAUCCUUCCCUACAGAUGGCUGUACAAAAAGAAUUAAAGGCAAUUGACAAAACGCAACAUGAACGUGAUCUUGAAGAUAAGAAACGUUUGCAAUCAUUAUUUUAA